AGAGGCACCGCGGGUCCUCUGUGCUUCUGCUCAGUAUCUUGUUAGUGUAAUGCGAGGAAGUCGAGUAAACAGCACGUUGUAGCGUGUCGUCCCCAAACAGAAAACUCGUUGAUUGUGGAAUAUACCGCGAAUGAGGAUUACGUUUAUCACAUCCUUAAAGACCGAGAGGCGCGUUUCAGACGGAGCAAAAAUUAAGGGCAAACCAGCAAAUCACUGCUGGAGCAGAGAACAACCUCUUCUUUGGCUCAUGAGAGGACAAGAGUUGCUUUGAGAAAUGUUAUCCGCUCACUUGAGCCGGAAAUAACACAGCCCUAGGAUACUGGAAUUACAACCAAAGCAGUUUAAUGAAGAGGAAAAAAAUAUAUUCUAUUACAGAUUUUAAAUCCUGUAUUUAAGGAGGAGCAUUCCAUACACACACAAAUGGAUGAAAGUGUUACUAGCCCUUGGGACCUAAAGAUGAUGUUUCCAUGGAAACAAAUUGUUCUGCUAUCAAUCACUGGAUGCCUUGCAGCCUGUACAGAGGAUGUCAUAUUCCAAGGGCCAAGAUGGAGGACAGAGCCAAGUGACCUCAUUUUACCAAUCAACACCCCAGACCAGCAGGCUACAAUCAUAUGCGAGGCAGAAGGGAGCCCUUCUCCACAGUACAGAUGGUCACUAAACGGAACACUCAUUGAUCUGGGGAAUGACUACAGGCGUCACAUGUCUGGGGGCAGCCUGAUCAUUAGCAACCUGGACAAGGACCAAGACACCGGGGUGUACCAGUGCACCGCCUUCAACACACAGGGGUCCAUUCUCAGCCAUAGAGCCAGUCUGCAAUUUGCAUAUCUUGAAAACUUUAAAACUCAAACUGUGAGAAGCUCUGUAAAUGUCCGCGAGGGCCAAGGUGUGGUUCUGUUGUGUGGACCACCAGCACAUUCUGGAGAGUUGACAUUUGCCUGGAUCUUUAAUGUGUACCCAUACUUCGUUCAACAAGACAGUCGUAGAUUCAUCUCUCAAGAGACUGGGAGUUUGUACAUCGCAAAAGUGGAGCCCUCAGACGUUGGCAACUACACCUGUGUGGUUAACAACACUGUUACAAAGGAGAGGGUGCUCAGCUCUCCUACACCACUGGUUCUCAGAAGUGAUGGAGUGAUGGGUGAAUACGAACCAAAAAUCGAAGUUCAUUUCCCUGAUACAGUUCCAGCUGCCAAAGAAUCGUUGGUGAAACUGGAAUGCUUUGCUCUGGGAAACCCUGUCCCAGAAAUAAGCUGGAGGAGAACCAGUGGUAUCCCAUUUCCCACCAAAGUUCAAAUGAAGAAUUCAAAUGCAGUCCUUGAAAUCCCUAAUUUGCAGCAGGAAGAUGCGGGGACAUACGAAUGCAUGGCAGAGAAUCGGCGAGGGAAAAACGCUGCACGGGGUCGUGUUUCAUUCCAUGCUAAACCUCACUGGAUCCAGACAAUAACUGACACAGUUCGGUCCAUCCGGGAUAGUCUUUUCUGGGAGUGUAAGGCCAGUGGAAAGCCCAAACCAUCCUACAGCUGGCUGAAGAAUGGGGAGCCAGUGACACCUGAGUUCCGGGUGCAAAUUGAAAAUGGGGCUCUUUCUAUAACGGAGUUGGACCUGUCAGAUUCCGGGAUGUAUCAGUGUGUGGUUGAAAACAAACAUGGAACUGUUUAUUCCAGUGCCCAACUAAUGGUGUUAGCUUCGCCUCCCAGCUUCUCCAAAACUCCAUUAAAGGCCUUGCUAAAAGCUCGAUCAGGCACUGAAGUCACUCUUGAAUGCAAGCCUGAGGCCUCACCCCCAGCAAUUAGCCUGUGGAAGAAAGGGAAUGAGAUCCUGCAGAGAACUGAAAGGAUUAUCUUGCUUCCCAACGGGACUUUGAAGAUCGCCAAUGUGACCAAACAGGAUGCAGCCAGCUACACAUGCUUUGCUAAGAAUAUGUUUGGGGCAGCAAGCACAACUGGGAGGUUGAUUAUCACUGAGCCCACCAGAAUCACCAUGAGGCCUACAAACAUGGAGAUUAUUGUUGGCGAGAGCAUCGUGUUACCCUGCCAGAUUGCCUGCGAUCCAGCUCUGGAAGUGUCUUUCUCGUGGGCAUUCAAUGGACAGCUCAUCGACUUCCAGCGAGACAGCGAUCAUUUUGAAAGAGUGGGUGGGAGCAUAUCAGGGGAUCUGAUGGUUCGAAACAUCCAGCUGAACCAUGGAGGAAAAUAUGUAUGUGUUAUUGACACUGAUGUUGAGAGCCUGUCCACGUCUGCCAUCCUGGUUGUCAAAGGUCCGCCAGGUCCCCCUUACAAGGUAGCAGUGGAGGAGAUUACAGACAGCACAGCCCAGCUUUCCUGGAGUCCAGGAAUGGACAAUGGCAGUCCCAUCACUGGCUACAUCAUUCAGGGCCGAACACCUUUCACUGUGGGCUGGCAGGCUGUUGACACAGUGCCAGAGGAGAUCAGCGGUAACAUACUGACAGCAACAGUUGUGGGUCUAAAUGCCUGGGUGGAGUAUGAGUUCAGGGUGGUGGCACGCAACACUGUAGGCCUGGGGGAGCCCAGCCCAGCCUCAGCCAAGACCAGGACAGAGGAUGCAGUUCCUGAUACAGCUCCCACUGAUGUUGGAGGAGGAGGCGGCACAAAGUCUGAAUUAGUGAUAACAUGGGAGCCUGUUCCUGAGGAACUACAGAACGGAGAGGGCUUUGGCUACAUCAUCGCCUUCAGGCCUUUGGGCACAGUCAUGUGGACGCGAGCCGUUAUCUCCAUACCUGGCGUGGCACGUUAUGUCUUCCGCAAUGACACCAUCUCACCCUUCUCGCCUUUCGAUGUGAAAGUGGGGGCGUACAACAACAGGGGGGAAGGGCCCUUCAGCUCGAUUGCUACAGUUUAUUCGGCAGAGGAAGUUCCCAGUUUGGCUCCUACGAGGGUUAUGACCAGAAGUGUGUCUGCAGACCACAUUGAAGUGAUCUGGGAAGCUCUCCCUGCCAUCCCUGAAAGAGUGCUUGGAUACGAGGUCGUUUACUGGGAAGAUGACACAAAGCCUGACAGUGUCGGAAAAGUGCGCAUAUCUGGAAACUACACAUUAGUUAACAUCACUGGGCUGAAAGCAAACACAGUUUACUACCUCUCUGUGGCUGCUUUCAACACAGCUGGCCCUGGGCCACAGUUGGCGCCCAUCAACACCACCACAAAGAAACCACCUCCUGAUCGGGCCCCACUCAACAUACAAUGGACCAUGAUUGGCUCCACACUCACGUUGCACUGGGAUCCCGUAGUAGCUUCGGAGACGGAGUCAAAGGUCACUGGAUAUUUGGUGCUGCUCAAGAGACAUCGCUACAAUGACAUCAACACCAUCUUGACCGACAAAACCACUGUGGAGCUCAACCUCUCUGCAAAUGACAACUAUCUCAUUCAGAUCAAGGUCAUGAGUGAUGGUGGUGAAGGCGUGGGCAGUGAACCUAUCCACAUUCAGAAAUUGAGUAUGGGAGCGCGGGGCUCAGGAGCGAUCCGCAUCAGCCCAUGGUGCCUCUCUUCAGUCCUCAUCAGUGCACUGCACUUCUCCAUCUGGUGAUGAUGUCUAAUCAGAGCCUACAGAGAGCCCUCCCUCCCCACUAUCCCCUCAGUCAGCCUGUUCUUUGUUAACCGUCAACUGGACUGGCACGAGGCCCGGGCUACAGAUUCAGGGCUGGGAAAGACUGAAAAGGACUGAACUCUGCAGAACUCUUACAACAUGACCAUGUUAUUUUCUUUUCAAUCAUCAUAUAGAGAUGUGACGAUAUGUAUGCAUGAUACUUUUUUUUUUUCACCAUUUUACCAGGGUCAUUAGUGCCACUGGCUCAAGGUUUUACUUUAGUUAUGAUGUCCACAUGAGUUAUCUAUUUUGGUAUCAUAUGAGAUACCACUGCCUUAAAACCCAUUUUAGUCCAUACCAAAGUAGGUGACAGAGGCUGCUUGCAUUAAAAAUGUUUUCUUUUUUUCGAGAAAGGGAACUCAAAAGAAUGAAUCUUCUAAAAGUCAACUUCCCAGCUGGUGAUAUGCCUAUAGUCAAUGGUUGCAUCAAUGUUUAAUUGUCUUUAAACUAAACCAGUUCCAUUUAUAAAACAUAAAGUGGAAUCCACACUUAUCUACACAACUUUUUGCAAAAAGAGAAAUCCCAUUUGGGGCUUAAAAGUUGAAAAAGCUUGCAUCAGAAAUGCAUAACAUAUUAAUCAACUCGAAACUCAGAUAUUUCCAAAACUGAUAUUACAUCUACUUGGGAGCCACAGGCUACAUAACUUUAGGCUUCUCAGUACUGUGGUUGUUCUUGGCCUUCUAUCUCAUCCUACCAUAAAUAAUGCAUAUUACACACCACAUUCUUGGUCUAAAAAGAGAGCAGGCAAUCUAGAGAAUUGAGACAUUUGGUUUUUACCAAGUCAAACAGAUCCCAUGUUUAAUGUUGGUCUUUAGAUACAUAUCUCAUAUUACUAAACAUGCAAAGUCACCACCCCUGAUGACCAGCAGGCCUACUGCACAAUGACCUAAAGAAUAACAGUGCCUUCACUAGAGCUCACACCACCCCUUUUUCCUUUCCUUUCCUUUCCCUAUAGCUUAAGAGGAGAUGAGACAUUGUUUUCUUUUUUAAUACAUCAGACAGGGGUUAUAAGAAACUUCAAAUGUAGAGAAGGAGGUCAAAGACAGAAAGGCAAAGGGGGAAAGGGUCAGAAAGGGUUGGAAGCUUUAGGAAAGCUGUAUGUGUAUAUAUAUAUUUUCAUCUGUGGCAUAUUUUUCAGCUACAAGGCAUCAAAAUGAUUGAUGCUAAAACCACGGUGGUGGAGUCCUGACAUGAAAUUGAGUGAAAUGAAUGACUGUCACUUUACUCCAACCCAAUUACCAUCAAUUUGAAACAUACCACAAUGAUGAACAGUUACAAAAGAACACUGCUACUCUGCUGAGGGAGCUACUUUUUGCUCUUUUAUCGUGCGACUGAGUCUUUCGAAGCCACCUGAGUAAGAGUUGAGGUGUGAUCACUGCGGUCCUGUAGAUGUGGAAGUAUACAGUCAGCUGAAAUGCUACACAUAACUGUGCCUUUGAUGAACAUGGGGCUGGGUAGGUCAUACGCUUUGGAAGCUGUCAUUGUCUGUAUUUUUGCACUGCCUGCUCCCCUCCCCUGCUACCCCAAAGUCGAAUGAAAGCACAACGACUUGAUGCAAGGUGACUGCGUGUCCUCACUUACAUCUGAACAGGUGUGCAGACCCCAGAGGCCUCAUAAAAAGUCCAAACAGCCGACAUAAGAACAUAAUAAGGUUGUCCUAUGUGCUGCUCUUUUACUGGUUUCAUAAAGCUCUGUGCUUGUUGAUUAGACUGCUGCAGACAAGUCAAUGGGAUAUUGAUUUUCCUGUCCCAUUAUUACAGCUGUCACCAUAUAGCUGCUUGAUUGACUAAUGACGAUGUUCUUAUUGGACUUGUUUUGUUGGAUUAUAGUCAAUGAUGUUUCAGAUGUCCUUCACUGCUAUGACCUUCAAAUCCAAUCUUUUUCUGAUGUUUGCCUAAACGAGAAAUCCCUCUUCAGCGGCUCACAUAUGUUUAUUUCUAUGUAAUUUAAAUUGUAUCGGUACAUGGUGACUUUUGGAUUACAGCACUGACCUACCGUUGAUUCUUUGAGUUGUAUAUCAAACUGUACUGUAGCAUAAAAGCUCAGUCACACCAGCAAUUAGAAUAAAUGAAUUGCUAAAUCAGUUUGUUUAACUGCUGUAGUUAGCGGAUCACGUAUAUGGAAAAGAAAAUCCAUGUCAAAUUUUGCAUUGAGAACAAUUCAUUUGAUUUUUGUUGCUGUCUUGCCAUUGCUUACCUGUGAAGGAACUGAAGAAGCCAAAAUUAGGCAAGCUGGCAUAGUUUAUUUGCUUUGUUGCAUUCACCACUUUAACUGUAUCCUUCCUUGAAGUCCCACAACCUGCAUAAAAUAGAGACGACAUGUUUUUAGGCAAAUAAUGUGUCCAGCUUUGAUCCUCUUAAACUUUUAAUUAACUCAAACUAAGUGACCUGUUAUUAAUCAAGUCAACGACGGUGAUAACACACUUCUGUAUUGAUUGAAAAAAAUGUCCUUCAAUCCUGAGAACGAAAUGACUUACGUUAUUAUGUUACCACAAGCCUCUAGCAAAGUUUGUUUCACAAAGAUAUGCAGAUGAAAAUCCUUUUGCCACUUUCUGGUGUGACCAAGCCUCAGAGCAGUGUAUGCAAAUACUUGAACAAAGUGAUGUUAGUAUAUCUGUUAAUAUCCAAAUAAGGUAACCUUAAAGCCAGAUGUCAGACUCAUAGGCUAUUAAGUAAAAGUGCUUCAAUGUGUGGUAGUUUCUCAGAGCUUUCUUGUUAUUACACAAUAGUGAUUUAGCUUAAUGUUUCUUACUUCUGGUCAUGAUAAUAUAAAAAAACAAACCUAUUGUUUUUUUGCCUUGUGCUUCAAUAAAAUUUAAAGUACGAUCUAAAGGACAUGAUUGGGGCCACCAGCUGAAAUGGUUUAGAUAUAUUGAUACCAGAACAAAACAUAUCUAUUAAUAUUCACAAGGUGAGUCUUUUUUUAUUGCUUUCUGUGUUAUGUUGUUAUUAGAAAGGAGUGUACCUGGAACAGUGUAAAUAGCUUGCAUAUAUUUUUAAACCAUAGCCAUCAAAGGCCAACCUUAUUGCUCUUAUAUAGUGUGUUCUCCUACCUUAAUACUGGUGUAUUAAUCAAUGAUCUCUGUGAGAUACUGACAUGUAGAAUGGUAUUUUCAUAUUGAAAAGUAACUGUUUUGUGUUCUAUACUAAUGUGCAUGUUAAUCAUUGUUUAUGAAUUUGUGUUGGGUUUUUCUAAGCUAUACCUUAAUAAAAAUGGUUAUUCCAGCCAGCCAGCCAUUUGUCUGCAAUUGCAAAAAUCACACUAACAACAUUCAUCCAUUGCAAAUUAGCUUAUCUUAAACUCUUAUCAUUACUGAGGCCCUUUAGUAAGAUUUAUUUCAUAUGAUUACCAUUUGUUUAUUAUGUGUUUUACAUUGUGCUUUUUCCU